UUCAGCAAAACAUUCCAAACGGUGAAAUCAUACCGAGCCCAUGCAACCCAAAUCACGUCUGGCAGGGUGUCGGACAUAAGGUCAAGGGCGGAGGAGGAGAUAGGAACCAAUUUGGAAUCGAUUUUGAUGAAAAUGGAUACGGCUGGUUACGGCACUGACUUCUUAUUUCUUGAAUACCGAUGGAUAAAGAUAAAUGCUAUAGCCUAUAAUUGACGGUUAAUGCGAAUACGAUAAUGUUACACACCGAUAGCCACACGAGAACUUCGUGCAGAUAAAGACUUGCCACAGUUCGCUACUGCGAAAAUCUAAAGUGGUAAUAUUGGACUGGGAAUUCAUGGCAUGCACCUGGACUGAGGAACUCUGCAGAAUGGACUCUGAUGGUGAUGGAAAGACAAAUGGAGAAGAACUCGGCGACCCCAACUGUAACUGGAGUAAAGGGGCUACACCACAAACCAGCCUAGGACUGUCACAUCCUGGUAUAUGCGAGCCACUAGGGUCCUCUGCAUGCCAGGGGAAAACCGACUUUGUUGAUUGCACUACCGAAGAUUUCCAGUGCAAUGCACUUUCAGAUCCUGACAUUGUGAGUCACACUGUCAGACUUUCUGAGUCAGACGUUCCGGCACAGGAGACAACGUACAUGUGUCAGGUGCUAGAUGUUCCUGCAGAUAAAGACUACCACCUCGUGGCGGCUGAACCUUACAUUGAUAACGUGAACGUCAUGCAUCAUAUCAUAGUGUACGGAUGUAGUGAUAAAGCAAAUAUUACCGAAAACCUGCGUCAGCCAAAUGUAUGUUUCAUGAACAGAGUGCCGGGCUGUGAAGAAGUGUUGGCUAUAUGGGCAGUGGGAUCAAACGGAGUUUGUUACCAUGAAGACGCCGGAUUCAAAGUAGGAAUGACGGGCUACAAGAAAGUUCUUAUCGAGAUGCACUGGAACAACCCAAUGAAGGUUGACACUUACAGGGAUUCCUCCGGCAUGACCUUACACUUGACCCCUAACCUUCGCCCGAACGAGGCUGGAAUGAAGUUGAUUGGCCAGAAUUUGCUUGUGAUUCCGCCAGGUCGUGAAAAAUAUUCCGUCAACUCUUCCUGUAGCUCUGAAUGUACAAACAAGAAGAUGACCGGAAAUGUCAACAUUAUAGGAGCUCUUAACCACAUGCAUUACCUAGGCGUAUCAGCAGUAACUAAAGCAAUUUCCAAUGACAAGGAAGAACACGUUCUAGCCAAUGACCCAAAAUACAGCUACGACAGCCCAGUGUUGUAUGUAUUUGAUGAACCAUUGACAUUGGAACCCGGAUACGAGCUUCAGCUCCACUGUGACUAUAAGUCGACUUCACGAAGUAAAACAACAUUCUUUGGCGAAGGGACCUAUGACGAGAUGUGUUAUGCUUUCAUUAUGUACUAUCCUAAAAACAACUGGCUCGGUGGAAACUGUGUAUCAGUUGGUCCGAUCGACUCCUGUGAAUCGGAAGAGGGCUACGCGGAUGGUUGCGACUUGAAAAAGCUUGGAGACCCAACCGAUCAAGAAAAUAUAGCAAGAUAUACUGCCCUUCAAGAAAACUGCAGAAUUGGAGUAUGUCUAGAAGAAUGCAAGGAAGUUGUCCGUGAGAUUUUCAGACAUCCCUGUUUUCAGCCGCCUCUCAAGUACAUAAUGCAAGAUGCCUCACAAACUUACAGUGACCAGGCUACUAAACACUUGGUGCUGGAGUAUUAUUACCUCAUGGAUUCAUGCGCCGCUGAAUUGGCAUUUGAAAAGUGUGACGGUAAUGGUGGGUGGCAUAGACCGGAAGUGGGAGGCGCUGUUGGUGUACGAUCUACAUCGUCCUUCUUAUUGAUUAUUGCGACAGCUUUGGUUAUUGUUUUUCAAUAAUAAAUGCCGUUGAUCCAAAUAUGACAGAAGAGUUUCUGAUUACCUAUUUGAGCUGAACUUUGGUAUUUAUCUAUCGCUUUGGAACAAAUCAUACGUCAGAGUCUUUAUGUUUUGCUGUACAAUAAAUGCCUUGCUGAGCAAUUUAAAUAUCACAGAAUUUAAGUGGAUGGCGAAAAGCGUUUUACUUUCAUCUUUUUGGGCGCAGCUUCUAUAAAACCUCUACACAAGCAUGGGAUGCAUAGAAAAGUCACAGGAGUUUAUUGUAAAUCUGCUUUAAACCCUUGUCACAGCUGUUUGGUAGAUCUAUUUAUUUGAAAAAAGUAAUUUCAGAUUAUAGAAUAUGAACAAUCGCCCAUAAAAGUUGUGUUCAUGUAAACAGCAUUUCUUAAACAUAUUUAACAUUUUUACAAUAAAUAUUUGUAAAACUCUUAAAAGCACCAAAAUGAUGUUGUUUACAUAUAUCUUUAGUCAGUCUUAACUGUUAUUUUUUCGAAUCAAACAGAUGUUCUUAUACAAUAAAUAGAUCGUUACUCCAUGAUGUCAUGUUUUAUUACACUAUGAAACACUAUUGUCCUACUCUGAAACAGGUUUGUAGAAAAUGUACGGACAUACAGGUUAUAUAAAUACACCAAAACUC